AUGAGAUGGGACAACAUAUCAAGUCCUUCUGAAUUUAUCCUACUGGGGCUCUCCUCUAGGCCUGAGGACCAGAAGCCUCUAUUUGCCCUCUUUGUUACUAUCUACCUGGUCACUCUGAUGGGAAACCUGAUCAUUAUCCUGGCCAUCUAUUCAGAUAUUCAUUUGCAGACCCCCAUGUACUUCUUUCUGAAAAGCCUGUCAUUUGUUGAUAUUUGCUACACAACAGUUAUUAUUCCAAAGAUGCUGAUGAACUUCUUAUCAGAGGCAAAGACCAUCCUCUAUAGUGAGUGCAUGACCCAGACAUACUUCUGCCUCUCCUUUGGUAAUGCAGAUAGUUAUGUCCUAGGGGCCAUGGCCAUUGACCGCUACAUGGCCAUAUGCAAAGCCUUUCAUUACCUCACCAUCAUGAGCUAUAAAUGUUGUGUCCUUCUACUGAUAAUCUCCCUCACCAUCCCAUUUCUUCAUUCACUCCUUCAUGUCCAUUUGCUGAAUCAACUCACCUUCUGUGCCUCCAACAUUAUCCAUCACUUCUUCUGUGAACUCAAGGCAAUGCUGAAGUUGUCCUGCUCAUCUACGUAUGUCAAUGAGAUAGUGAUAAAGACAGAAGGACUGUCUGUGGUCAUGGCCCCCUUUAUGUGCAUCAUUAUCUCUUAUCUGAGGAUUCUCACCACUGUUCUGAAGAUCCCUUCAGCUGCUGGGAAGUACAAGGCCUUCUCUACCUGUGGCUCCCACCUCACCGUGGUGAGCCUGUUUUAUGGGAGCAUCAGCUACGUCUAUCUCCAACCUCUGAACAGCUACACCGUCAAGGAUCGGAUAGCAACGGUUAUCUACACUAUGUUAACUUCCAUGUUGAACCCUUUCAUCUACAGUCUGAGAAACAAAGAUUUGAAACAGGGCUUGGGGAAACUGAUAGGUAGGAUAAAGUCACAAUGA